GUUACUUUCUUUACCACCACAGGUAGUAAGUUUAUCACUGCUCUCCGACUAAGAAGAUACCAAAAAAACGUAUACUUCCCGUAGAAAUACAUUAGCACAGAGUUUUUAAUUUUAAUUUCUCUUUUCUUUUUCCUCUUUCUGCGUACAAUUUACAUAAAAACCCUAAUUAACGCUACGUUUCUCUCUCUUUCAAGAUUUUUUCAACAAAAUUCCCACACCCUAACUUUUAUUUCCCCUUUCUAUUUAUUUUUCUAUGGCGACGGCGCGUGAGGAGAGUAACCCGUACGAUGGUGAACUAGGAGUCGGAGGAAAGUUCAGGAAACGGCCGUUUUGGAGGACAACGCAUACGACGCCGUACGAUAGACCGCCGACCUCGAUAAUGAACCCCACCAUUACCGGCGAUAGAAAUGGUUGGUUAUCAAAAUUGGUGGAUCCUGCGCAGAGGCUUAUUACUUACAGUGCUCACAUGCUCUUCGCCUCUGUCUUUAGAAAACGCCUUCCUCCUCCGCCGCCUCCUCCGCCGCAAGCGCCAGAGUCAGAGACUAAUCAGGAAGUAAGGGAGAAUCCACCCGCAGCAACUUCAACAAAUCCUUCUGUUGUGCAAGGAGCCGAUAUGGGAUGUGAGGAUCCCAGUAAUCAUACUGAUGAAGGUGGAGUUGCUGAACUUGAGAAAAUUUUGAAGCAGAAGACAUUUACCAGACCUGAAAUUGAUCAUUUAACGAGUUUACUACGUUCAAGAACUGUUGAUAUUCCCAGUGGAAAUGAAGAAAAGAGGUCUAAAGUUGAACCAGUAGUAUCAUAUGACAAGAAAGAAAAUUUUCCAAAGACUCCAGUUAGAGAAAAUGGGACUGAGAACCAUCUUAUUUCAACACCUUUUGUCAGCUCAACUGUUCUUGACGAGGAUGUUGCUUCACCUGCUGAGCUUGCAAAAGCUUACAUGGGCAGUAGGCCUUCAAAAGUAUCUGUAUCAAUGCUUGGAUUACACAAUCAAGUGCCUAGGGGAGAUUCAGCUUUGCCGAGCAAUAAAAUUUUCCCUUCUAAAUCACCCAUGAUGUCACUUGUGCCAACAUCGUCAGGCCAUGUUGGGAGCCUCGGAAAUGGUUCUGUGACCUCAAGAUCACGGGGCAGGUCUGCUAUAUAUAGCAUGGCACGAACACCUUAUUCCAGGGUUAACUCGGUUACUUUCCUUAAGGGUGCUGGCACUGCAAAUGAUGCUUUUGGUGGACCAUCAUCAUCAUCUCAGAGUGCAUGGGAGCAAAACAGAAUUUCUGGCUCUAGACAAGGGGUUUUAAAGCGCAGGAGUUCAGUAUUAGAGAAUGAUAUAGGAUCAAUUGGCCCUAUUCGCCGGAUUCGUCAAAAAUAUAAUUUUCUUUCAUCAAAAAACUUAAGUUUACCUGCUUCUACUUGUCCUCUAUCUAUCCACGUAGGUGGCACUAGUUCAGCUGGUUUAGAUGCUCUAGCUGAGAAUGGGGAUAACUGCACUCCUGGCACGAGUUUUACCCCUGUUCCAUCCAAGUCCAGUGAGAUGGCUUCAAAAAUAUUACAGCAACUUGACAAGUUGGUUUCCCCAGGGGAGAAAUCACCAACUAAGUUGUUACCAUCUAUGCUACGUGGGCAGUCUCUUAAAAGCCUUGAGAAUGUAGAUUCUUCUAAAUUUCUGGAGAACAUGCAUGAUAGUGAGAAGUUGAAUGGUUCUCACACUGCACUGCCUGAUAUUCAAGACUCUAAGUCUCAUAAGCGUGAUGAGGUUAAAGAAAAUGGCACAGAAACAGUGGUUGCUCUCCCUAACAAGUCACUUCCUGCAGUAAAUGGUGUAGAUACUGGUAGUUUAGUGAAGGCUAAUAAUGAGCCUAAUGUUAAAGCUGCUGAUUCCAGUGUGAUCAAGUCUGUUGUACAGCUACCUCAACAAAAGAGACGGGCUUUUCAGAUGAGCACGCAUGAGAAUUACCUGGAUCUGGAUGAUGAUGACUUUCCUAAUGGAGCCACAUCUGCUACAUUUGGUGAAGGGAGAGAGGGGUUGGAUUAUUGUGUAAUGGGGAGCAAGAGUGCUGCUGCUGAAGCUAUACUUGUAGAGAAGCCUUCUAGUCUUUCUGAAGUUAAGUUGGUUUCAAGUUCUGCAUUCAACCAAGAACCUGAUUUGAGAACAUCUGAUGAAUCAGCACUUGAUGAAAACAAUGCUGGUGUUACUUUUCCACUUGCACAGGUGGCCACUUCAUCUGUGCCAGCAGCAUUGUUGGUAUCUCUGUCAACUUCAACAGCCAAUAAAGAUUCUGCCUCUGGGGAACUAAAGUCCACUUCUCCUGUGCUUAGUUUUGGGGAGAAAGUUGCUCCAGCUAAGCAGUCAGAUGCUGCCGCUUCCACAUUUGGUUUUGGCCAUACAAAUGUUGUUGAGGUUUCAUCAGCUGGUGGAUCUUCAGGUGUUAAGCUUGCCACAAGUUCAGACCAAAAACUAGAGAACUCAAGCAGCUUUGCUACUACUGUUCCUGGUACAACCAAUUAUUUGUCAGAUAAAACUGAUAAGGAGAACACUCUGAAUGGGAUCUUCUUCGGGACACCUGAAACUGCAAUAUCCUGUGCUGUAUCCACUUCAACAUCAGCUGGAUUCAUCUUCAAGUCUGGUGAUUCGAAAAAUGGUUCUACUUUGAAUAAUGGGUCUCUUGCUUCAAGUCCUUUUUCUUUCUCUUCGCCAAUGCCAUCUCUAGUCCCCAAUAAUGGUCAGAGUUCAUCCAGUAGUUCUACCAACUAUAUGUCCUUCACCACCAAUAGUGACACUUUAGCUGCUGCCACCACCACUUCCACAACUGCCGAUGUCACUGUCGGCAGUACUAGCAUCUCUAUGGAUGUCUCAGUCUCUUCCUUUACAGCUGCACCUGUUUUCAAAUUUGCAUCAUCUGGGGACCCAUCAGCUUCAGUUUCAACAUUAUCAGCAACUUCGGGAGAAGCAACUGAAGCUAAGACCCAGGAUACAAGCUGUGGCAAUGUAGCCAUUGUUCCUUUUGGUGGUGCAUCAGCUUUUCCUAGCUUUGGAAGUAAUAUUUUUGGUAGUACAUCUGCAAUUACAGGCACUGUGAGCAGCACUUCUGGUUGUCCAGCAGCUGUGGUCACAAGCUCCGGAUAUAGCAGUUUCAAUGGUACACCUUCCAACAUCACAAACUCUGGAAGUGGCUUCUUCAGCAGCACAUUGUCCACAGGGACAAACACGGGCAAUGGUAUCUUUAGUGGUACAUCUGCAGUUACAGACACAGGUAGUAGUGUUUUUGGUGGUACAUCUUUGUCAAUAGCUAGUACAGGAAGUAGUAUUUUUUCCACUGCACCUGCAGUCAGAAGCACAGGAAGUAGUAUUUUUUCCACUACACCUGCAAUCACAAGCACAGGAAGCAACAUAUUUGGAUUCAGUGCUCCAGCUGCAUCCAGAUCUACUACACAGACUCAGGGUUUAAAUCCUUUUAAUGCUGUUAAUACCCAAGCAUCUGCUGCUGGAACUGGGAUUGGUACCUCAACUCAAAGCAUGCCCAUUCAAUUUUCUUCGUCCGCAUCAUCUCCAUCAUUUGGACUGGUUGGGAAUACAACUUUUUCAUCUGGCAAUUCAGUGUUUGAAUCGUCAGCAUCUGUAGCUAAACCUUUUGGUUCUGGGGCUACAUUUGGGAUGAGUUCUUCAUCUUCAGAAACCAACUCUCUAAGCUCUAGUAGUGGCAUUGCUUCUGGCACAUUUGGUUCCAAUUGGCAAGCCCCUAAGACGCCCAUAUUUGGUUCAUUGUCAUCGGGGUUUUCCUUGGGAUCAUCAGCUUCUGUUACUGCACUUAGCAGUGCACCUACUAUCCUUGGGUCAUCCACUGGUGCCUCUUCAAGUUCUAUAUUUUCGUUCACUUCAGCUGCAGCUUCUACUCCAUCACAGUCUGUGUUUGGUAACACUAGUCCUGGCUUGAUGUUUGGGUCAACUCCCUCUGGUAAUAAUGAUCAAAUGGAGGAUAGUAUGGCAGAGGACACAGUUCAGGCUUCUUCGCCAACUGUUCCAACAUUUGGUCAACAGCCAAUCUCACCACCAGCAUCUGGGUUUGUUUUUGGUGCAUCAAACCCAUCAGGAGCAAGUUCUUUCCAAUUUGGAGGACAACCAAGCAUAGCCACACCAGCUAAUCCAUCUCCAUUUCAGGCUUCUGGUAGUCUGGAAUUUGGUGCUGGAGGGAGCUUCUCAUUGGGCACCGGUGGCAGUGACAAGUCUGCCAGAAAAUAUGUGAAGGUCCGCAGGCAGCGGAAGAAGUAAAAAAGGUCUGGUUACGGUAGUGAACUGGUUUAAUGUGGGAGGUUCUUGUGAUUGAUUGAAUUAUCAGGGAAGAGGAGACAACCGGCAGAUUGUUGUUUUUUGUGGUAGCCAUCUGAAAUCGUUUAGUGCCGGCGGAAGGAUUGACUGGUCACUUCGAACUUUGAAAAUUGGUGCUGAUUAUGCUUGGUCAUUUGCAGUUUUCCUAAUUUUUUUUGUGUUGCUGGCAGAAGCUUGUCACAAUUUUGUAUGGCCUUUCCUAGUAGCAUUUGAGAAAAGAUUUGUACUGUACUAGUAUAAUUAGCUGAUAGAUUUUCAGGCUUGAACAACUGUGCCUUUGGCCCUGUUCUUUUCACCCUUGUCAUAUGUAACAUGAAAAAAAAAAAAAAACAAUGACAAUGGUUAUGAAUUUCAUUUUUAGAGAGAGAAUAUCUUGAGCUCCUCUUCAUGAAUGAAAUUAUGUAUGGCUAAUUCUUGUAUCAUCAGUUUCAGUUGUCUCGUGCUUGCUAAAUAUCUCGGGUUUUAG